GUGCAAUAGUCAAGCUGCUAUUUACAUGCUAACGAAACUUGAAAUUGGUGUAUUUCCGAAAAGUCUCCUGAUUUUUCCUGAAUCUGAAUCUUUUCUGUUUCCUCUGACUCAUUCUCUGAUAGGCUGUCAGUAAUUGGUUCAUUGGCCCCACACACUGCAGGCCCUCCUUUCUGUCUGACACAUGAAUAACUGAAAGGAAAACACAGACACUCAGUUGACAGCUCUCACACACACACCAAAGGAUGACCCUCUCUUGCAUGUGCUUUUGUUUGUUCGUAUGGAUGGCAGCGUCCGCGCUGCCCACCCUCCAAGCUAAGCCGUCUGUUCUCUACACCAAAAUCAAUGGCUCGGAAGUUCUGACCUGUGAAUGUCAAGAUCACUCCUGCCAGGAGAUUUUUUGGUACCGAUACCUUGAGAGGACAAAGACUCUUCAGUUCUUAGUGUAUGUCAACAGUGCUGGCAGAGAGAAACAUGGAGAUGACCUGAACGGCACUCGCUUCAAGGGCUCUGUGUCCUCUGGACAGAAGGUGGUCUACACCCUGCGUAUAACAGGACUACAGGAGGAUGAAAUCGGCCUCUAUUCCUGCAUGUUUAAAGCUAAGAAUCUUAUGCCUGUUGGAUAUUACAUAAUGCCUGGAGUGAAUCCUCCGACAGUUCAGCCGCUAACUGUCAAGACCAAGAAACCUGUGAAGAUCUGUAAUUGCAAACCCUCCAGUUCUCCUAAAGGCUGUGAACAGUUAGUGCUUUGGCCGGGCAUUGGUGCUCUUCUACUUUUGGCCAUUACACUUGCAGGCACACUUUACUACUUCAGUCGUCUACCUAAGAAGUGCAGACAUCGAUUUACCAAGACGAAUCCAUUGCGAUGAGGUGGAAGACAACACGCUUCAUGUUGAAACAAAUGCAGUGGUCUUUUUCUCUCUCUAAAUUGUGGACCUGUAGAAGUCUCUGGAAUUUUGCCAUGGCUAAUACCAAAUAUAUUAGGUUUUAGAAUGUAAAAAAAAAAAAAAUGUAAAUAAAAAUAAUAGCUUAAAUUUAGAGUUUAGUGUUUCAUCUGACAUUAUUCAACCAACAGUCCACUUAAUGAAUUAGAUUCAUUGUCUAACUUGAAUUAAACCAAAGCUGAACAUUCCACCAGGAUCACCACAAAACUGAACUAACCCUAAACUUGGACUAAACUUGGACUUAAUCGAGCUUUAAGUUUUGUUCUUGCCAGCACAGCAUGUUUAAUAUGCCCCUGAAUGUACAGUUUUCCAAUUAUGAUGUUCUUUUAUCACAUAUGCUGUCAUGUUUUAUGCUGUCAUGUUAUGCUUGUCAUAUAAAUCAAGUUUAAAUUAAAUGAGUGUAUUAUUGAG